GAGAGAGAGAGAGAGAGGGGGGACUGAGAGAGAGGGAAGAGAAAGAGGGCUGGCCAGGGGAAACCAAUAAGGAUAGUCUAAGGCUUAAAACCUCACGUUUCUGGUGGAAAAUGGAAAUAGCUGCCUUUAUUGUGACCGUCUUGUGCUUGUCUUCGCUUUCCUUUGGUGAUACUGGAAGUGAAGGAUCUGACGAUCAGGAGGACACUGGCAACUCUACGUUAAUCCAGAAUGCUGAGAUGAGAGAUGAGGAGAGGACUGAGAGAGGAGAUGGAAUGCUCAUCGAGCCAGAACCCACUUCACCAGUCUCAGACAUGGACAAUAACUACAAUUAUGUGUUGUCAAGACUAGCAGCGAUGGACCAGGCCAUCCACCGGCUAAAUGUUGGCCACUACACCCUGGAUGUCAAAGUGACCCAAAUACUGGAGAGGAUCACCAGGCUGGACAACAAGCUCUCUGAGAUGGAGGACAGCCUGCAACAGGUCUCCCACUUCAGCAAGGAGAACCGCAAGGAGAUAGGACGUCUGGAAGGCUGUCAGAAGGGUCGACGUGUGGGCUACAAGUGCUUCCUGGUUUACCGCGUGUACGACACAUAUGCAGGCGCAGCCCAGAAGUGUCUGGAGCGCGGCGGUCGGAUGGCUAUGCCACGCGACCGCAAGGAGCAGGAGGCCCUGGCUGAGUACGUGCGCGCCGUCUUCCAACCUGGGAACUGGCCUGUGUGGCUGGGCAUCAACGACCUCCGCUCAGAGGGUCUGUACCUCUUCGAGGACACUACCCGUGUCACCUACUUCCAGUGGCGCAAGCACUUCCUGUCCAGUCAGCCGGACGGAGGGAAGCGGGAGAACUGUGUGUCCAUGUCAUCAGAUGACGGAGACUGGUGGGAUAACUACUGCGACAGGCGCAUGUAUUACCUCUGUGAGUUUGAGGCCUGAUCUACAGACUUCACACACACAACCUGUGUUGUCAUAGGAAUGUAAUUGACGCUGUAGGACUCGGUAGAACUGACACUAAGUUAUCAGAAGAUGUAGCCUCUAUUUAGCAACUAAUAAAUAGCCUUUUAAAGGACAUUCAUUUCAAAGCAGCCUGCUCUGGAUAAAAUGUUUGAUGAAUUUGAUGUUAGAAAACAUAUUUAUUUUUCACUUGUGUAAUUUGUACUGUAAAACAAUUACGCACAGAAUAAUGCCAUAUUAUAGUGCAACUAGUGAUUGAUAUUCUGAACAUUAUCUUUAUUGAAGCUGAAUGAUUGUGUGCUUAAAUGUAUAUAUUUAGGUUUAUAGAUAACUGCCGAAUAGAGUAGAUUAUAUUUGAGAAUGUAUGGUGACUUCAUGACAAAAACAUCUUUCAGAUUAUUAUGAAGCUUUUGGUGUGGUUAGACAUAGUCUACACACAAAAUGAUAAUAAACAAGUCUGAUACCAUGCAACUAA